AUGAGGGGCGUUAUAGGGGUUAACCGGGUGUGUUUCGCACUCAUAACAGACAAAAAAACUCGCCUUUAUGAGCAGAAAUCUCUUUCGCUCAACGGCGUGUGGACUCAAUGGGAGGAGAUAGCUCUGACGUCGCGACGUCAUGACGACAGCCGGCACGCAGGCUUCCGGUUUGCCGCUCUCCGGAUUGUUUACAAGCGAGCGAACCGGUUCCGGCGGGUCGGGAUGAUUAAGACGGAGAAGGUGCUGCACCUGAGGAGCUGCCGGGGCCGGAGGGUCCGGGUGGUCCGGGAGCACUACCUGAGGGAGGGGGUGCCCUGCUUCAGCUCCCUGUGCCAGGCGGGCUGUGCCAACGAUGGGAAGCUGCUGCCGGCUGAUCUGACCCACUACCUGGUGCCCGACGCUCAGGUGGUGCUUAGCUUCCUGGAGAUCCUGGAGCUCAGGGAGCUGCGAGGACUUGUUUUCACCCAGACGGCCGCCCAGGCUCUGCAGAGCAAAGGGAGAAGGUACUACAGCCGCCUCCGGUCUUUGCUCAGAGAUCGGCGCCACGACUGCGUGCUGUUUGCUAAUGAAUUCCAAGCAUACUCAUACUGCCCGCGGGAGAAGGGCGAGACUCAGGAGAGCUGGCAGACCAGGUGUGUGUACUCGGCCGCUGUUUGGUACUUCAACCACCUGGCAGGGAUGAUGAACGUGGUGAUGAUCACAGAGGACGAGGACGCGGUGGCUCGAUACAGCAGCCUGAACUCUGGAGUUUACGUCGUCUCUGUCCAGGACUACUUGCAGAACUUCUGGCCGGAGCUGCAGGCGGCUCAUGAUCUGUACGGCUCCAUUUCCCAGGCUCUGCAGGAGAAGGAGGCCGAAGGCUCGCAGAAGGAGUACAGCGAGCACCUGCCGGCCGAGAUCCUGGAGGCCGGCAUCAAGUCAGGACGCUACCUUCAGGGUUCCCUGGCUGUGAGUAAGCACCGAGCGCAGAGCGAGGCCUUCCUGACCCCGGGCUCGUCCAGUAAGAGCGCCGCCACCGACCUGAGCGGCGGCGUACUGGUGCACGGCGGCAGGAACCGCAACCGGGCCGUGCACGGCGACGCGGUGGCGGUGGAGCUGCUGCCCCCCAGCGAGUGGAGAGGGAAGGUCACGGCGCUGACCGAGGGCCAAGGCGAGGAGAAGGGCGGUGAGGACGGAGAGCGCAAGCCCAUGCCCACAGGCCGCGUGGUGGGGAUCCUGCAGAGGAACUGGAGGGACUACGUGGUGACCUUCCCCUCCAGGGACGGCUCUCAGUCCCAGAGCCGGAGCUCCCAGCGCAUCUUGGCCGUCCCCUGGGACCGCCGCAUCCCCAAGAUCCGCAUCAGCACCCAGCAGGCCGACGCUCUACAGGACCACAGGGUGGUGGUGCGCAUCGACUCGUGGGAGAGCACCUCGCUGUACCCCAACGGCCACAGCGUGCGGGUUCUGGGCCGAGCCGGCGAGCUGGAGACCGAGGUCCAGACCAUCCUGGUGGAGAACUGCAUCCACGUCCCCCCGUUCUCAGAUGCUCAGCUGCGGGAGCUGCCGGUGAGCUCCCCGGAGCGGCCGUGGACGGUGGCGCCCGAGGAGGCCGGCCGGCGGCGGGACCUGCGGCGCUCCCACCUGGUGUUCAGCAUCGACCCGGCGGGCUGCGAGGACGUGGACGACGCGCUGUCGGUGCGCAGCCUGGACGGCGGCCGGCUGCUAGAGCUGGGUGUCCACAUCGCCGACGUCAGCCACUUUGUGGCUGAGGGUUCGCUGACCGACCUGGAGGCGCGAUCCAGAGCCACCACCUACUACCUGGCCGACCGGCGGUACGACAUGCUGCCCCCCGUCCUGAGUGGGGACCUGUGCUCACUGCUGGGGGGGGUCAACAGGUACGCCAUGAGUGUGAUCUGGGAGCUGGACGCUGAGAGCCUGGCGGUCCGCUCGGUGUGGUUCGGCCGCUCGCUGAUCCGGUCCUCCUACCAGCUGAGCUACGAGGAGGCCCAGGCCCUGCUGGAGGGCCGGGCACCCCCCCCGGAGGGGGACACGCAGCUCGUCCCGGCCCUGGAGACUCUGACGCGGGUGGCCCGACACCUGCGGGCCCAGAGGGACCGGGGGGGGGCGCUGGAGCUGGAGGGGGUGGAGGUGCGCGCCCAGCUGGACCAGCACAGGAACAUCAGCGCCCUGGUCCCCCGCCAGCCGCUGGAGGUCCAUGAGACGGUGGCAGAGUGCAUGAUCCAGGCCAACCACUGGGUGGCGCGCAAGGUCCAGGAGGCCUUCCCCAGCCAGGCCCUGCUGAGGCGCCACCCGCCCCCCCGCCAGGAGCUGUUCGGCCCCCUGGUGGACACGGCCAGGGCCCGCGGCUUCACCAUCACCACCAGCACCAACAAGGCUCUGGCCGAGUCCCUGGACCGGGCCGUGGACCCCCGGGACCCCCUGGUGAACCGGAUGUUGAGGAUGAUGGCCACCCAGGCCAUGUCGCAGGCGCUCUACUUCUCCUCCGGCUCCGAGUCCCUGGACCAGUUCUACCACUACGGCCUGGCUCUGGACCGCUACACACACUUCACCUCCCCCAUCCGACGCUACGCUGACGUGGUCGUCCACCGGCUGCUGAGCGCCGCCCUGGAGCUGGACCGGGACCAGGCCCCGGAUCUGGACCAGGACAAGGCCCUGGAGCUGGACCGGGACCAGGAUCUGGACCAGGGGUCCCCGAAACUGGACCGGAGGGCCCUGGUCCGGGCUCGGGCUCCGGCCAGCAACAAGGAGCUGGAGGAAACGGCCCAUCACAUCAACAGCAAGAAUCGGGCGGCCCAGCGGGCGCAGCAGCUGUCCACCAGCCUGUUCCAGUGUCUGUACUUCAGAGACAGAGACCCUCUGACCGACCCACACUGUGUGGCCGACGCCGUGGUCUACGCCAUCCGGGACAACGGCCUGCUGGUGUUCGUCCCAGAGUACGGUGUGAAGGGCGCCGUGUACCUGAGGAACCGUGAGGGUCAGGUGGUGGCGGCGGCGGCGGCGGACGGCCGCUGCGAGUGGCAGAGCGGCACGGUGCGGCGCUACGCCGACCACAUCACCACCACCUCCAGCUGUGGCUGCUGCACCUUCAGCCUGUUCGACCACGUCACCGUCCGGAUCUCCGUGCUCCCCAGUAGUUGCCACGCCAACACCCUGAACCUGGAGCUCAUCAGCAGCCGGCCCCCCCCUGGCCCCGGAGGCCCCCCUCCGGCGGGCCCCCCCCCCGGCCGGGGCCAGGCGGCCCGGCAGGUGGUCCAGGAGGUGGUCCGGCUGGCAGAGGAGGCCCAGCAGGGGGCGCCGAGCCCCCCGCUGCCCCCGGAGGAGAGGCCCUUCCUGCAGAGCCCCCCCCCAAACCUGCACUCCCUGCUGGAGGAGAUCCGGGAGCUGGCCCUGCUGGACCCGGCCCUGCUGGACCUGGACGGCCCCCGGGGUCAAAGGUCGGCCCAGGCUCAGCGGGCCACGUGA